AUGAUGACCAUGAACGCCAAGCAGCCUUUCACCAUGCACCCUGUCCUCCAGGAGCCUAAAUUCUCCAGCCUCAUUCCAGUUCAGAGGGCUAUGCGCCGAGUUUGUCUUCCCGCCCGCAGCUGCAGGGGCAAUAUAUUUGGAAGCUUUGAUGAGAGUCUACUGGCCCGCGCUGAAGCUCUGGCGGCUGUCGAUUUUGUCUCCCACGGCAAGAACCAUCCUUUCAAGCCCGACGCGACCUACCAUACCAUGAGCAGUGUGCCCUGUACUUCUACCUCGUCCACAGUGCCCAUCUCCCACCCGGCGGCCCUAACCUCGCACCCACACCAUUCAGUGCACCAGGGGCUGGAUGGAGACCUCUUGGAACACAUCUCGCCCACGUUGACAGUGAGUGGCAUAGGGGCCCCCGAGCACACCGUGAUGCCGGCGCAGAUCACACCCCCAUCACUGGGAGCUAUGGGCCACCUGCACCAGGCCAUGGGCAUGGGCCAUCCCCACGCCGUCUCCACCCACAACGGGAUGCCCUGCCUGAGCGACGUGGAGUCGGAUCCCCGUGAGCUGGAAGCUUUUGCCGAGCGCUUCAAGCAGCGACGCAUCAAACUGGGGGUGACCCAGGCGGACGUCGGCGCGGCGCUGGCCAACCUCAAGAUUCCUGGUGUUGGCUCACUCAGCCAGAGCACCAUAUGCAGGUUCGAAUCCCUUACCCUGUCCCACAACAAUAUGAUAGCCCUCAAGCCUGUCCUGCAGGCCUGGCUAGAGGAGGCAGAGGCUGCCUACCGGGAGAAAAACACCAAACCUGAGCUCUUCAAUGGCAGCGAGAGGAAGCGCAAACGCACCUCCAUCGCAGCCAGAAAGCGCUCUCUAGAAGCUUAUUUCGCUAUCCAGCCUCGACCCUCCUCGGAGAAGAUCGCAGCCAUAGCGGAGAAAUUGGACCUCAAAAAGAACGUAGUGCGGGUCUGGUUCUGCAACCAGAGACAGAAACAGAAACGAAUGAAAUAUUCGGCCGUCCACUGA